CGACAUCACCAUUCUCAAGAAAGGUCUUUGGAAACCAGAGAGAUCUACAUAGCACCUCCGCUCCGCAUUAUUCAGAUCAGACCACCGGCUCCCACUUGCAAUCAUGCAUCCGAUGAGGAACCCCGCAUCACAUCGCGACACCUCCCACAGUGGGGCCGAACGACCUCAAGCAGCCCACUGAGAAGAUAUCGCCAUCGGAAUACUCAAUGGUGCGAGAAUGUUUGCUUUUCUAUAUAGACCUAGAUCUGCCAUCUUCGUAUUAGCUACCAGCGUCUUGCUAUACUUCCUUCUCAAUCAAUCUGCGAAAAUGUCGAACAUCAAGAACGUAGCUGUCAUUGGAGGAAGUGGAAAUCUAGGCCCAUCGGUCAUCGAAGCCCUUCUCGAUGCAGGUUUCGAAGUUACAGCCCUCACACGAGCCGAAUCAAAAGCUACAUUCCCCGCCUCCGUCAAAGUCCAGAAAGUCGAUUACUCCUCCUCCACCUCCGUCGCAGAAGCAUUGAAGGGUCAAGAUGCUGUCGUUUCUACAAUUGCUACUCUUGCAUUGUCGCAGCAGAGUAGUCUGGUCGAGGAAGCUGUCAAGGCUGGCGUCAAGAGAUUCAUCCCUAGUGAAUUCGGUCUCAAUACCCCGAAAGUCACUGGUGGGACAGCGAAGAUACUGGGUGCGAAGCUACAAUUGCAGGAACAAUUGAAGAAACUCGCUGCUGAGAAUCCAUCUUUCUCGUGGACUGGUGUUUCGACUAGCUUGUUCUUCGACUGGGGUCUCAAAGUUGGAAGUCUAGGAUUCAAUGUCAAAGAUAAGACUGCUACGAUCUUCGAUUCGGGAAAUGAACCAUUCACGGGCUCCAAUCUCCCAUUCAUAGGUCAAUCCGUCGCAGCCAUCCUCAAACAUCCCGAACAAACAGCCAACAAAUAUAUCCAAGUUGCAUCCUUCACUACUACACAAAACGAGAUAUUGAAAUUGCUUGAAGAGGAGAGUGGUACGAAGUGGACUGUGGAUCAUAAGAAGACGGAGGAUUUCCAAAAGAUUGCUGAUGAAAAGUUGGCCAAGGGAGAUUAUUCUAGCUUUGGGGAUUAUUUGAAGGUGUACUUGUUUGCAGAUGGGAAGGGUCAGUCUCCUAAGGAGGGGGAGUUGGCGAAUAAAGAGUUGGGUUUGAAGACGGAGGAUUUGAAGGCUACUAUUAAGUCUGUGUUGUAGACUUAGCAUACACGAUUAACCUCUUUGAUCAUGAUGCUGCAUUUCAAUGUGUAAUAGACCGAUACUGAGAUGGAUCAGAAUAUAGUUGACAACAGUAGAAGAUUGACAGCAAUGGCAUAUCGACAGUGUGAC